AUGGCUACUCUGGUUGAAGGAGCUAUCAAAUCCCUAAACAUCGUUGUUGGCGCUGUCUUGAACCCGGCUCUUUCAGCAUCAGCCCUUGCGUUUUUAAUGUACGGCCCGCCCCAUCUCGUCACCCAAGUCACCAACUCAGACAUCGUCCAGCGCAGAAUUGGUGUCUGGGGCCUUAAGACAGUCCUCAAGAUCUUGGUUGCUCUUGGGGUGGGUCGCAUCUUGAACCGCAUCCAGAAUCUUCGUGCAACCAACAAUUGGAGCCUUUUCGUACAUGGAAACUGGAGCUGGUCUGAAGAAAUUGCCGUCGUCACUGGUGGCUGCAAUGGGAUCGGGAAAGCCAUCGUCCUGGCCCUUGUCCAAAGAGGCCUGCGAGUCGCAAUUCUUGAUGUAGCGGAACUACCCUCCGAGCUUCAAAAUAUUGACACCAUCUUCUGCUGGAAAUGCGACGUCUCCUCGGCUUCUGCUGUGGCUGAGGCUGCAGAUAGCAUCCGAGAGAUGGUCGGCCACCCCUCCAUCCUGAUCAAUAACGCUGGCAUGGCGAAUCGAAGCUCCAUCCUCGACUUAUCUCCAGAGAAGGCGUCAAAACUCUUUGGGGUAAACCUUAUGGCGCUCUGGUAUACGACUAAGUCAUUCUUACCGAAUAUGAUACUGAAGAAUAAGGGGCAUAUCGUCACAAUUGCGAGUAUAGCUUCUUUCGUCUCGCUACCGACAGCCGUUGAUUACUCGGCAUCAAAGGCAGGCGCACUGGCGUUUCACGAAGGGCUUUCAAGCGAAAUCAAGCAUAUUUAUCGAUCGCCAGGUGUGCUGACAACGGUGGCACAUCCCAUGUGGGUGGCCACUGACAUGACGAAGGAUGACAAGAAGGCGAUUGAGCGUGGCGGCACCAACAAGAUGAUGAAGCCUGAAGACGUGGCGAAGGUUGUCGCAGAUCAAAUAUUCUCCCGUCGCGGCGCUCAGCUCAUCAUCCCGUCCCGAGCUUCCUGGUUGUCGGGGUUUCGAGGGUUGCCAAACUGGUUUCAGGAGAUCCUCCGGGACUCAAUCGGACAGUAG